GCAAAGCGCCCCUACGCUUCAAUAAGUUCAAGCCCACCACGACACGCAAAACAGAAAAAACACAAAACACAAAAUACAUUGUUUUUAUUUCAACACACAAUCAUUCAAUCUAGAAAAUGCUUCGAAAACUAUUACUACUACUACAACUACAAUUACCAAUAUUGUUCUUUAUCUCCGUCUCGAUCGGACCGGUCAACUCUCACCAAGAAUCGGGCGAGUGGAGCUGCGAGUCCGGCUCCGAGAUCCGAGUUGAUGCCGAGUUCAAGCCUGGCCUCAUCUCCCUCGAUGGUCAUGCCGAAGAUUGGAAGGACAUUGAUGGCUUCGAGUUCUCUCUCCUCCCUGCUCUCGACCCACAUCCUGAUCACGAAUACAAAGCCGGAAAAAUGACCGUUAAGGCUUUGCAUGAUGGUCAUGAUGUUUUCUUUAUGUUACAAGUUGAUGGGGACUAUGUGUACUCUAAAGGUAAUAGCAAAAAAUGCCCAUCUGUUUCUCUUAUGUUUCAAAUUGGAGACAGUGCCACCUACCAUGAUAUGGGUGGAUGUAGUCAAGGGAAAGGCUCAUGCACCAACAAGACAUGCAAAGGGCAUGAAGUUGAUAUAAUGCACUUCUCAAUUGGAACUGCUAUUCCUGGACGGCUCUAUGGUGGCAACCUGGUAGACAACAGCGAGGGGAAUGGAGGUGACAGGUUUGGUCAUUUAGUUGAUCUUUAUGCUUGGAACCCGCACUGCAGAUAUCUAGAUGGACUUGGCCCCUCAGGAAAUGAUACUAGUGCACAGAAUGAUUGGAAAGGUGCAUGGUGGCACAGUAGCUUUGAUAUUAACUCAGGUUUUGUGGUGGAAGAUAGUCCAUACUCGUCAGAUGGUAAACAAGGCACAUAUUAUUUUGAAUUCUCUAGACCUAUGAGAACAGUGGAUCGCCUUCAACAGGAUGCUCAGUUUACGAUUGGCAGUUCGAGUAAGAUGUCAGUAGCAUUCUGGUACCCAGUUGAUGGACAACCAUGGCAUGGUUCUGGACACUAUUCUGUUGACUGUGAUUGGGUACCUUUGGAUAUCUCUUCUGGCAAUUCUAUGCUAACCAGUACUGGACCAAGUGCCUCUGGGAAUGUUUCUAGUGCCUUUGCCCUUCUGUUAUCAGUAGUGUCAUUAUGUGUGUCAAUUUUUGUGGGGUAUAGGCUUUUCAGGCCUAAGAGCAUCCCCUUUACACCCAUGGAAAAUCUUUAGGAUAGCAGUGUUUGAGAUUGUACCAUCAAUUGAGAUUGUACUUCUAGGUUUGUACUUUGUACUCACAGGUACUUGCACUUGCAUUCCAUUUAUUUAUAAAGAUUCGAGUGUUACUUUAUUGCACCUUA